UACAAGAUGGGGGGGAGGGAAGACUUGGAGGCCGAGGGGCUUCGACCCAGCUGAGAAACGAAGAGCCGCUGGCAGCGCCGAUCUCCCCAGCGCGCAGGUUUUAAGAACUUUAGCUCUCAAAAUGGGCAGAAUCUUCCUAGAUCAUAUCGGCGGUACCCGUCUGUUUUCAUGUGCAAACUGUGAUACGAUCCUUACCAACCGCUCAGAACUCAUCUCUACUCGGUUCACAGGCGCUACUGGUAGAGCGUUUCUUUUUAACAAGGUAGUUAACUUGCAGUACAGUGAAGUUCAAGAUCGGGUCAUGCUCACUGGCCGCCACAUGGUUCGAGAUGUGAGCUGCAAAAACUGCAAUAGCAAACUGGGAUGGAUCUAUGAGUUUGCUACUGAAGACAGCCAGCGUUAUAAGGAAGGCCGUGUGAUCCUGGAAAGUGCACUAGUUCGAGAGAGUGAAGGCUUUGAGGAGCAUGUACCAUCUGAUAACUCUUGAAGAAAAAACGAUAAAUCCGUCUUUUCCCAGGUCUCCUUCACUGAAAACAGAAAUCUACUUACAUACACUGUCACCUUAGCAUCAGAAUCGGAUUCAUGAACUGCAAACAAGAGGGUGUGAGAAUCUGAGAUGGAACCUUUCUUUCUUUCUUUUCAAUUUUGUAUUUCCCAUCCAACAGCAGUUUGUAGAGAGAAUUUUUGCAGAUGCCGUUAAUUUUUUCCUUUUGUUUACAUCUUGAGGCAGAUGAGUCUGCAGUUAUGUGGUGGGCUGUGUGAGGGGAAACUUGGCCCCUACAGUGAAAAGGAGUGUUUUUUGUACAUUUUGCGUGGAGAAUAUGUCAAGAGCAUGGUUUUUAAAUUUAUUUGGGCUUUGUUUUAACUUUCUUUUAAACCCAGUUAUUUCACUUAAUUUGCUAGCUUCAAGAAGAGAUCCGAAUCUGUGCCCAGCGCUGGAGGCUCAGUGUUAGUGUGGCUUGUGCUGGCCAGUGUGCCA